CGGGGACGCACUCCCACCCCCCACGUGUAGGCGGGGGUCAGGAGGCGCGGGGAGGAGGCGGAGCGUGGGCCGCGGUGACCCGGCGCUGGCUACCGGCCGUUGCGGCGGCUGGGCUGCGCGGGGACACUUCCGGAGUAGCCGUGCGAGUGCCCGCGCGCCAGUGCAGGGUCCCCUCCCUCCCAGAAGGGGCGUCACCUGCAAGAACCCGGCCUUCACCUGGGGAUGCAGGACCUUGCGGGGGAUCCCGGCCUGCAGGCCUUCCUGUCACGUUUCUCUCGGGUCCUUGGGUUGGAGAGGAGGUGGUCCAGGCAGGUCCCUCAAAACGGCUCACAUAGGGAAUCUGGGGGCUGGGUCUCUCUUGCAGGACCUCCAAGAGGCGCUGUCCAGCCAUUCCCGUUCGAAUGUCCUGGGAUCCUUCCAGAGACCUGAAAGUUCAGGUCUGUUUGUUUGUAACACCUCUACUCAGGUCCACGAAGGGCCCUACGUAGCAGCCCCUGGAGUCCAGUCCUCAGGGCUUGGACUCCGGAAGGGGGCAGGUGUGUUCUGUGCAAACAGGCGUGCCCGCAGGUGUCAAUGCCCGGAGACCGUCUGGGUGCAAACAGGUUUAUUCUGUGCGUACCUAACCCAUGUGGCUGAGUGAGGGUGGAUGUGUUGGGGGUGGUGGGUAUAAAUGGACAGUUCCAUCUAGGAAUGCCUAAGGAGAGUCCCCUAAGAUCUUGUCUACCUUCUUCUCCGUUAGGGUUUCCGUAACCUCCUUCCCACCAGCCACUGUCACCAGAGUCCCCUCCUUGGGGGCAAGACUUCUCUGAAUUGGGGCAAUGUGAGAAUCUAGAAAUACGUACACGGGAGCGUUCAGCUCAAAACCCCGAGGUGCGCGGGAGGGAGGUCGCGGCUGUGCUGCGCAAAGCCCCACGCGGCCGCGAGGUGGCGCCAUAGCUGCAGCAGCGCCUGCCGGGCCGGGCCGCUCCAGAUAAGAGUGUGCGGAAAGCGCGGCGGGGCUGAGACGCGACCAGGACGCGGGGAGGACGGACCAGCAAGACAGACCGACCGGGGGCCCGGCGGGCGGAGGGCAGCGCAGCGCAGCCACGUCCCCCCUGGAUCCGCCGGCAGCCGGGCCCGGGGCUUCCGACAUGCCCCCCAGGAGAUUGUGCUGGGCAGACGAUGCUGGACACGAUGGAGGCGCCCGGCCACUCGAGGCAGCUGCUGCUGCAGCUCAACAACCAGCGCACCAAGGGCUUCUUGUGCGACGUGAUCAUCGUGGUGCAGAACGCCCUCUUUCGCGCACACAAGAACGUGCUGGCGGCCAGCAGCGCCUACCUCAAGUCCCUGGUGGUGCAUGACAACCUGCUCAACCUGGACCAUGACAUGGUGAGCCCGGCCGUGUUCCGCCUGGUCCUGGACUUCAUCUACACCGGACGCCUGGCUGAUGGCGCAGAGGCGGCGGCGGCGUCCGUGGCCCCGGGGGCCGAGCCGAGCCUGGGCGCCGUGCUGGCCGCUGCCAGCUACCUGCAGAUCCCCGACCUCGUGGCGCUGUGUAAGAAGCGCCUCAAGCGCCACGGCAAGUACUGCCACCUGCGGGGCGGCGGCGGCGGCGGCGGCGGCUACGCACCCUAUGGGCGGCCGGGCCGGGGCCUGCGGGCCGCCACACCCGUCAUCCAGGCCUGCUACUCGUCCCCGGCCGGGCCUCCGCCGCCGCCCGCCGCCGAGCCGCCGUCGGGCCCCGAGGCCGCCGUGAACACGCACUGCGCGGAGCUGUACGCCUCGGGCCCCGGCCCGGCUGCCGCCCUCUGCGCCCCGGAGCGCCGCUGCUCCCCGCUCUGCGGCCUGGACCUGUCCAAGAAAAGCCCGCCGGGCUCCGCGCCUCCUGAGCGGCCGCCGGGCGAACGCGAGCUGCCCCCGCGCCCAGACAGCCCUCCCAGCGCCGGCCCCGCAGCCUACAAGGAGCCGCCGCUGGCCCUGCCGCCGCUCUUCCAGAAGCUGGAGGAGGCCGUCCCGCCUCCGGACCCGUUCCGUGGCGGCGGCGGCAGCCCGGGACCCGAGCCCCCCGGCCGCCCCGACGGGCCCAGUCUCCUCUACCGCUGGAUGAAGCAUGAGCCAGGCCUGGGGAGCUAUGGCGACGAGCUGGGCCGGGAGCGCGGCUCCCCGGGCGAGCGCUGCGAGGAGCGUGGCGGGGACCCCGCCGCCUCGCCCGGGGGCCCCCCGCUCGGCCUGGGGCCGCCGCCGCGCUACCCGGGCAGCCUGGACGGGCCUGGCGCAGGCGGUGACGGCGACGACUACAAGAGCAGCAGCGAGGAGACGGGCAGCAGCGAAGACCCCAGCCCGCCCGGCGGCCACCUCGAGGGCUACCCAUGCCCGCACUUGGCUUACGGCGAGCCUGAGAGCUUCGGUGACAACCUGUACGUGUGCAUCCCGUGCGGCAAGGGCUUUCCCAGCUCGGAGCAGCUGAAUGCGCACGUAGAGGCUCACGUGGAGGAGGAGGAGGCGCUGUAUGGCAGGGCCGAGGCGGCUGAGGUAGCUGCCGGGGCCGCAGGCCUAGGGCCCCCUUUUGGAGGCGGUGGGGACAAGGUCGCUGGGGCCCCGGGCAGCCUGGGUGAGCUGCUGCGGCCGUACCGCUGCGCGUCGUGCGACAAGAGCUACAAGGACCCGGCCACGCUGCGGCAGCACGAGAAGACGCACUGGCUGACCCGGCCCUAUCCAUGCACCAUCUGCGGGAAGAAGUUCACGCAGCGCGGGACCAUGACGCGCCACAUGCGCAGCCACUUGGGCCUCAAGCCCUUCGCGUGCGACGCGUGCGGCAUGCGCUUCACGCGCCAGUACCGCCUCACGGAGCACAUGCGCAUCCACUCGGGCGAGAAGCCCUACGAGUGCCAGGUGUGCGGCGGCAAGUUCGCACAGCAACGCAACCUCAUCAGCCACAUGAAGAUGCACGCCGUGGGUGGGGCGGCCGGCGCAGCCAGUGCGCUGGCGGGUCUGGGGGGGCUACCUGGCGUCCCCGGCCCGGAUGGCAAGGGCAAGCUCGACUUCCCCGAGGGCGUCUUUGCUGUGGCCCGCCUCACGGCUGAACAGCUGAGCCUGAAGCAGCAGGACAAGGCAGCCGCGGCCGAGCUGUUGGCGCAGACCACGCACUUCCUGCACGACCCCAAGGUGGCGCUCGAGAGCCUCUACCCGCUGGCUAAGUUCACGGCGGAGCUGGGCCUGAGCCCGGACAAGGCGGCCGAGGUGCUGAGCCAGGGAGCGCACCUGGCCGCUGGACCCGACGGCCGGACCAUCGACCGUUUCUCCCCCACCUAGGGCGCCUCUGGCCGGCCCGCGUCGUCGCUGCCGCGUGGUCUCGACCCGCGCCCCCAGGGAGCGGCGGCGGCAGCAGCGAGCAGGCACACCGCGCCCGGACAGCUGUAGUAGCAGCGGCAGCGUCGCCGCGGUGGCGGCGGCCCCACCUCUCUGCGGCCUCACCUGGCCUCACUGCUUUGUGCCUUAGCCUGGGGGUGGGGGUGGGGGGAAAACCCCGGGACAGGGGUGGGAUGGGGGAAGGGAGAUCUAUAUUUUUGAUAUCAGCUUUGACCAAAGGAGACCCCCGGCCCCUCUCCGCCUCUUCCUGUGGUUUGUUGGCCCCCUCCCCGGCUCCGUGCUGCUCUUGGGGGGAGGGGUGUCACUGUUGGGGCGCUCCCAGCCCUACCUCCGGCCCUUGCGACCACACCCAUUCUCACUGUGAAUCUCCCCGCUGGGGUCGGAGCGUUGGGCAGAGUUGGGGAGCGGGGAGGGGAUUGAGCCGGCCGGAGGGCCCCCUGCCCCCCGCUCCCGCCCGCCCCGGGACUGAUAAUGUGAAGUUCCUCAUUUUGCACAAGUGGCACUAGCCCCAGGGCCAACCCUUCCCUCCCUCUGGAGUCAGAGGGCUGAGACAGCCCUGGCCUACCCGGUCUCCCACUCCCGCGGUGUGGUGUCCCUCUCCUUCCCUGGGGCCCCGGACCAUAUUUAUUGCAUGCGCCCUGGGCAGCCCCCCAUCCCGAGCCCAGGCUGGGCUGGGCUGGAACGUGGUCUCUUUAGCUCCCUCCUCCUCGUUUGUAUAUUUCCUACCUUGUACACAGGCUCUUCCAGAGCCGCUUCCAUUUUCUAUACUCGAACCAAACAGCAAUAAAGCAGUAACCAAGGACCCUG